CAAGAGAAAACAUCAACUUUGGUGGGAAAUUUCUUGCUUCUUUCUUUCUUCGUUCCUCGACCUCCACUCUCUAGUCAGCCCCGUGGACUGUUAAAACCCACUCCCACGAAUAUGCUAAAAUAAUUGACUUCGAAAAUUUAUAUAGCUGAAAUUUCCUGGAAAUAAAUUUAUAUAGCCGCCGCCGGCGGCCGGCGGCCAGCCUCUGUGUGUUUUUCCAGGAAGUAGGAAGUGAGCUUCGUCCGACGACUACAUUUUCUUGUUUGGGCUUUUGGAAUGUUGCGGGAAAGCCCAAACCUAGGAUUCUGAUCCAUGGACUUGAGCCCAGUUCAUCCCGUAACCAAAUUUUAUAUCAUAAGCCAAAAUUUCGUGAAAUAAGAAAGUUGUUGACUUAUUUGUAAAAUAGAUUAAAGUAGAGGGGCCUGAAUGAUUAUUUACCGAACCGUCCCUGAAAAUCAAAAUCAUCGUUUCCCGGUUCCGCCAGCCUGAAUGAUCAUAUUCUUCGCUUUGGGUGUGCGAAGAAGAGAAGGGAAGUGCGGCGGAGAGCAGUUUCCUUUUUCCCGAUGAUUGUUGCUGCCGACGGGGAGCGUCCGGCGUUUGAUGAAUUCGACCGGUUGUCGGUGCUGCUCGUCGUUCUUUCAACUUUGAUUUCUUCUCUUCAUCUCUGCCGUACUCUCUCCGUCGUUCAUCUUUGUUCUGUGUAGAAUGUCAGGCAGGCAGGACAGCUUAAUUAAUAGUCUUCACAUCGGCCGCGGAUUCGGUCUUCUUCUCCUUUCCGUUUUCUCCUUUCGGUGAGGCGUUCGACUCUGUCUUUUCCGUUGUAAACAAACGGUAUGUCGUUCACCCUUGCUCAUUUGACUAGGCUCUUAAAGCUCUCCGCCGAUACCAAAAACACCAGAACCGGUAGAAUGAUCCACGCCCAUCUAGUCGUCAUGAAUCACACCGUUGGUAAGAACUCUGUGGAGGCCAACUCGUUGAUUAAUUUCUACUCAAAAUGUGGCGAUUUAUGGGAUGCUCGCAACCUGUUCGAUGGUUUGACUGAAAGAAACGUUGUCUCUUGGGCUGCACUGAUGGCUGGGUAUUUGCAGUAUGGGAUGCCACUAGAAGUGAUUGGGUUGUUUAAACACAUGGUGUCCGAGUCUCGGAUUAGGCCGAACGAGUACGUUUUCGCUACUGUUGUUUCAUCCUGUUCUGCCUGUCGAAGAGUUGAGGUGGGUAUGCAAUGCCAUGUUCAUGUGUUGAAGUUGGGAUUGGUUUUCCAUGAUUACGUCCGAGACGGUCUGGUGGACAUGUAUUCCAACUGCCUUCGCAUUGAUGAAGCAGUUCGGCUAUGGAAUUCGGUACCAGGAAAUUAUACUUAUUCCUAUCAGUUGAUUUUAAAUGGACUUGUUGAACAUGGGUAUGCAGAGCAAGGUUUGGAGAUUUUGAGGAAGAUGAUUGAUGAAGAUUUCGAAUGGGACGGUACUACUUGGGUCAGUGUUUUUGCGCUUUUGGCUUGUCUUAGAGAUUUGAGAUUGGCUAGGCAAGCCCAUGGAAAGUUGAUUACGAGUAAUCUUGAGUGUGAUAUGUAUGUCAAUAGUGCCCUCAUCAACAUGUAUGGCAAAUGUGGGAACCCUUUGAAUGCUAGGAGAGUUUUUGAUGGGUUGCAAGAUCGCAAUGUUGUGUUAUGGACAUCCAUCAUGGCUGCCUAUUCCCAGAAUGAGUUGUUUGAGGAGGCAUUGAAUUUGUUGCCUGCCAUGGAACUCGAUGAUGUUCGGCCAAACGAGUUUACUUUUGCUAUAUCCAUGAAUGCUAGUGCUGGAUUGUCUACAUUGAGGCACGGGUACCUUUUACAUGCACGUGCUAUGAAGGCUGGUUUUAAUGAUCAUGCUAUUGUUGGAAAUGGGUUGAUCAAUAUGUACACCAAAAGUGGAAACAUAGGAGCUGCAAGUCGUAUAUUUUCAGGCAUGAAAUGUCGCAACAUCAUCUCAUGGAAUGCAAUGAUAUGUGGCUUUUCGCAUCAUGGACUUGGAAAGGAAGCCCUUCUAGCAUUUGAGGACAUGUUGGCUGAAGCAGUCCAUCCUAACUAUGUUACUUUCAUCGGGGUUCUCUCUGCCUGUACUCAUUUAGGUCUGGUGGACAAAGGUUUCUACUACUUUAACUACCUAAUGGGACAGAUGGGCAUAGAGCCUGGAUUAGAACAUUACACCUGCAUGAUUGGCCUUCUAGGAAAAACUGGAAAACUGGAUGAGGCCAAGAAUUUUAUGAUGAUGUCCAGUAUGGUAACAUGGGAUGUUGUUGCAUGGCGUACUUUGCUCAAUGCUUGUCAUCUUCACAAGAAUUACAAUUUAGAAGAGCAGGUCGCCAAAUCCAUUCUCGAGAUGGACCCUCAUGACAUGGGCUCAUAUACAAUGCUCUCUAAUACAUAUGCCAGGGAAAAGAGAUGGGAUGGAGUUGCCAAGAUCCGGAAGUUGAUGAAUGACAGAAACAUAAAGAAGGAGCCCGGGGCGAGCUGGAUAGAGAUACAAAAUGUGACUCAUGUCUUUGUCUCAAAUGACAAAAAACAUCCAGAAAUUCUUGAGAAGGUAAAGGAGCUUAUUGCAUUGAUCAAGCCAUCGGGACAUGUUCCAGAUUUUGAUUGUUCGGCUCGAUGUCCAGGAUUAGCAGAAGGAAGAAUACCUUCGCAAUCACAGUGAGAAAUUGGCUAUAGCAUACGGUAUCAUGAAAUUGCCUUCAGGAGCUUCGAUCAUUGUAAUUAAAAAUCUUAGGAUGUGUACCUCGGCUGCCAAGUUCAUUUCAAUACUGACACAGAGGUGGAUAGUCUGAUGAGAUGCCAAACGUUUCCACCAUUUUCUGGAUGGGUGGUGUUCAUGUGGAGAUUAUUGGUUGGUUCGCUUUUCGGUAGUAUAUAAGCCUGCUGCAUGGUGCAUAGGCUGCUGAGAGUAGCAAUUUGAGGUUACUGAUACCAUCCAAGGUUACUGCUCUAUUAUGCGUGUAAGUUGCUCAACUAGAGUGGUCAAACAUUCCUCACUUACUCAGACAACCUGAAGCUGGAGCUGGUUUCACUGCCGCGGUCUCUAAUAGGUACGUAAAUUUAAUUUAUUGCUCUCCGUUCCAUGUAUGAUCUCCAUUUAGCUGUGUUCUAGACAUAUAUAAAAUUUAUAAAUAAAUAUCACCUUAGACAAUGAGUAAAACACCAAAACAGAAAAUUACUCAUUGUUUAAUUAAUCCCCCUGGAGGUUAACAAUAGUAAUGCAAAUGGAAGAUAAUAACAACGGAAUAUCAAACAUAAUUGUAAAAAUAACAUCAAACAGAAUUU